AUGAAAGUUGGUGGAAUUGAGAUGCUCUCAUUGGAUGUUUCAUCACUUAUUACCAACAGACCCAUGGUAGAAACCAAAAACUAUCCCUAUAAUGUUAUUUGGGACACGGACUACGAGAUAGGUUUGCCCAUGAAAAUCCUUAGGGAACUAUUUAUACGAUGCACACAAACUGUGCAACUUCUCUGCAAUGGCCGAUUCUGCAGACAGAUAGGCGGUGUGACGAUGGGUUUGCCACUUGGCCCGUUUCUCGCAAAUAUCUUUAUGGGCAAGAUCGAGAAGGCGAGUCCAAGAGGCACCAUCAAUGACCUCGCAAUUUAG